AUGUCUUUGUUUUUUGCAACCGUUUUACUAUUAAUAAUUCCGGAAAUAUCACCAAUCCCUUUCUCAUGUCCGCGUUCGUACCACUACACUUCACCAAAGAUUAAGGAGGCCUGUGAGAUUAGAGCAGUGAAUCUAAUCUUUAUGUGGUUAAAUAUAAUUUGUUUAAUAAUUUUCAUUACAUUGAUUUGUUACCUUCAAACUGAUGAACCAAAAAAGUAUAAAUAUGUAAGGGGAAAUGGAAAUGGAAUUUUAUUAAAACGAACAAGAAGAAAUCAACAAAAAUUAUUAGCAAAACAAGCUGAGAGUAAUAUGGCUUCUUCAUUUGUAACUAGACUUUUUGGUGAUCAACAAAAUUUAAAAAAGGAAUCUAAAAAACAACUACAGGAUGAUCCUCAAUUACAAGUUGCUUAA